CAUCAUCUCCGACACCUGCACUCAUCUGCGCGACUUCGACUCGGCUCAAAGCUCGUGUGGAACCUUUACUCAAGAUUGCAGAGCCUGACUGCGUCUCGAGAUGCCUAGAAAGAAAGCCAAGGUCGUGGCCCAUAGCGCGCCUCAGCCUGGGGUCACCGCAGCACCUCGCGCGACGACGUUGACGACGACGAAGAAACAGUUGCGCGGCAGACGCGGGUCUCUCAGCGAUAUGCCAAAUAUGCCUAUGGAUAUUCUACUAGAGAUAUUAUCUCACUUAAUGCCCAUGGACUUGUUGAACUUGGCGCGCACUUCAAAACCGUUUCGAGCACUGCUCAUAUCUCGUAGUUCCGCUGGCCUCUGGAAAGCUUCUCGGCGACUCGUCGAGGGGCUCCCAGACUGUCCUAACCAUCUCAGCGAGCCCGCAUAUGCCAACCUCGUUUUCUCCUCUCAUUGCCACAACUGCUUGAAGUCCAAUACUCAGAGCAUUCUGUGGGAAUUUGGAGUUCGCUACUGUAGCUCGUGCAAGAAGUCUCUCACAGUGACGGAUGGAGAUGGUAGCGCCCACGCGCGCUUGAUCUGCAAUCACUUCAGCACUAUAUAUUCACUCCUCAAUUGCACAGAAAUUUCCGGAAGGAAGUCCACUGUCUAUCAUGCUCCACAGAUAGAUGAAGUCAAGAAGGCAAUGGAUGAGCUGCUAUCCGACCCGGAAAAGUGGGAACAGUAUAAGCUAGAGCAGUGUCGGAGAGUAAGUGACAUUGAAGAGAAUGCAUUUGCGUGCGCUCUGUGGGCUGCCAAGAGGGCUGAUGCCAGAGCGGAGGAGUUAGAUCAGGUCAGACAUAGACGUCUACAGUUCGUUGUAUCCAAAUUGCGAGACAUGGGCUGGGGGGAAGAGAUAGACACACUCCCUGACGAUCUGUCUCCUCUCAGCUACCACACACAUGUUCGCCAUGCAAAGGAAAUGACUGAGCGUGCUUGGGACAAAAUCCGCGAUGAGAUGUCAAGCUACAUGCAGGAUAUCAAGGACCGGCGGGUGGCGAGCGAACGAUCUGCAGUGCUCCGCGACCGCCUCAAGACCCUGUCCCUCCUCAUCACUAGUUUACGGGACAUCCUCGGGCGUGGCCCAAGCAUGGAGUUGCAUCCCAAGUUUGCCGACUACGCGCUCAUGCCCGAGUUCCGCGCGCUCGUAGAGGCCCCGAAUGAAGAAACGAUCGACUGGGAGACAGUGACGGUCUUACUGGAAAGCUUGCCGAAGCUAAACUUGCGAUGGCUACGGCAGCGGGUACUGCUAUUAGGCAAGAUGCUCGAGACUGCCUUAGGACGAGUGUCUGUGGAAACGGACGCAGAGCUUGAGAGGAAGGCGGACUCACAGAAUACACCGUAUGACCAUCUGCUCGAUCUCGCCAUUGCCGUGCUCGAAUGCCGGAAGUGCUCUGAACGAAUGCCCGCGCUCGAUGCCAUCUCGCAUCGAUGCGCCCGUGGCUUGUCCUGGACACUCGCAGGAGGAGCUUCGGAACUCCGCUACCUGUCCCAAUUAUUGUCCGUCUCGCGCGGGGUGCGCCCAUGGAGCAUAGACUGUUUUGAGGUUCCAGACCUUGAGCCCAUCAAGCGGACAAUUCGUGCGUGCGGGAAGGACCCGGAGACGGUAACGGUGGAUGAAAUGGAUGUCUUGGACGUGCGGCUAGCUGUGAAGGGCAGCUUCGUCGAGGGGAAGAGGAAGGUCAUGACGUUGGCUGCUGUGCUACGUACUGGUCAUGUUGACGAGACCGUCUGCGAGAGCGGAUGGCAGUUUGAAGUCCUUUCUGAAGAAGACAAACAUCGAGUCCUUGAGCUUGAACUGGAGGCAAGGGAGGAGCGCUUGUUAUUCCCGGCCGUCCUGGAGGAGGACGCAGACUACUGGUGCUGCAUGCUGUGCGACGAUCAAGCGGCUUGCACGUAUCCAGGCAUAUUGCACCAUUUGAAUUACAUGCAUGACGAAGGGGAAGGCGACGAUGACGAAUGUGUAUUCUUGCAUCCAGACGUGAAGUAUCUGAUGGCCAAUCUUGAAUCGGUUUUACUGCCACCUGCUUGAGCAUCGCGCAACCCAUCAUGCAUUUGAAUCCCAAAACACUGACUCGUUAGUUCCAGAAGCCAUUCCGGAAACCAAAUCAUCCCCUUUCUUGCACCGACUAUUACGUGUAGUAAUGACAAAAUUUGGGUAAUCGCUGUUGUCGUAUCGUAUAGUACCGUGAAGUAGUUGAGAGCUCUUGAUAUUCCAAUGACAGAUUUGUCUAACUCCUGAAA